AUGUACGCUAACAAACGGAAACUAGUACUCGGCCAACUGGGCCUCUGGCUCUGCCUGUGUCUGUGCCUGUGCCAGGAGCUGUGCUGGGCGCAAAAUUCCAGCACCGUGGUCUGGGAGCCAAGCACUGCCAGCGGCAAUGCCAAUAAGCGCGAGGUGGGCAACAGAUUGGAUUAUGCGGGCACUAACAUAGCCAAAAGCUAUGAUCCGCCGCCGGAAUUCUAUAGAGGACCGGGCACCACAUCAAGCGGCAGCUCCACAGCCAGUAACAGUGCUAGCAGCCUGCUUGGUUCCACGGGCGUCGGCAGCGGCUCGCAGCUGGGUAACGUGGGUGAAUCUCUAAGCGAGGCGUACAACAAGUGGCGUCAGAGCACUGGCCAGCACGAGCGGAUUAGUGUGGGUCAUUUUGGUGGUGGAGCAGGCGCUGGUCUUGGUGCGCAUAUACAAAGUCCACAUGGACACGCCAGCUAUGCUUACGAAGGACAUCCCUAUGAGUAUGUUGGAGGCGCCGGCCAUGGUGGCUACUAUGGCGGCAGCGGCAGCAGCAGUGCCGAGGCGGGCAUACCAUUCGAUGUGUACGGCACGCGUCCAGGUCAUGGCUCACAUCAUUUACAUCAUUAUCCGGGCACGGGCGGUGAGUACGCCUAUCUGGAAGCACACGAUAUAGCCAGCCACAAGGGACCGGCGGAGUUGUCGCAGAAGGCGCUGCUGGCCAAGAGUUUUCUCAUACCACUGGCCAGUGCUGCAGUGCUGGGCAUAGCCGCUGCUCUGGUCAGUAAUCCGCUGCUGCUGCAGCUGGGCACCGUAUCCGGUGUGGGCGGUGGAUUUGCGCCCGUUGUGGGCAAACGCAAGAGACGGGCGCUGCGUCGCGCCUACUCAGCGCAUAAAUAA